UGGUUUGUAUUGUGUUGUGUACGACUGUACGGUACGUGUCACUCGGGUAAAGAUGGCUGACGUUUAUUUUUCUGCUCGUGCCUACUGUAAAAUUCUUUUACAUUCGGUGAAAUAUCCUCAUUGCGCAAUAAAUGGCUUAUUAUUAGCUAAAGCAAAAAAUAAAUCAGACGAGAAAUCCACCGAAUUACAAAUUGUUGACGCUGUUCCUCUAUUUCACAUAUGUCUGCACGUUUCACCCAUGGCAGAAGUCGCCCUAACCAUGGUGGACCAAUAUGCCACUCGCAAGGGCCUCGUCAUAGCAGGGUACUACUUAGCAAAUGAAAAUAUCAAUGACUUGAGUCCGGACAAGCCAGCUCACAGAACGAUGUCUGACAAAAUAGCAGAAAACUUUGGUCAAGCUUUAUUAGUCGUAGUCAACAAUAAAGAAUUAAGUUAUAAUAUGGAAGUCAACCCAUUGAGGAUUUCUCAGUUUGCCGAUGGCAAAUGGAAACCCACGGACAGAGCAAACAUAAACUUCGGCGGAGGAAAGAACGUUCAGGGCACGAUGUCGUACUUGAUGAAAGGAGAAGACUACAGGAAUCUGGUCGAUUUUGACAAUCAUCUUGACAAUAUUGCCCUAGAUUGGAAAAAUCUAGAUCUCAACGAUAGAAUAGACGAAGCUAUGGAAAAGAAUUAAUAGGUUCGAAAAUUUAGAAACUCACAAUUAGUUCAAAUGUAUCCACAAAUGUUCUGUUAGAACCUUUAUAUCUUGCUGCCAUUCUAAUGAAAGCACGUAAAUUAUGUACAUACUCCAUAGAGUUUAUAAAUGAUUGUUUCUGUUUUUAAUCA